UCUUUUACCGUGUGCCGCUCACUCAACCAGUUGCAAUUUCAGAGACACCGGACACCGGAGAGAGACAGGGGUGAAGAUGCAGGUUGCAGCUGGUUCGCAGGCGGCGAUGGAGAGGGGCGACCAGCAGAGCGCCAAGAAGCCGAGGCUGACUUGCUGAGCCGCUCCUCCAUGCCCCAGUGAAGCAGGAGAAGAUCUCCAGGACGCCGCGGAGCUCGGGUUCCUGCGCCUGCCCGCUGAUGGAAUGGCCGUGGCCGCGCGCCGACCAGUACGUUGCCCGGACCAGCGCGGGGACAGCGCGGGUACACGGCCAAGGGCUUGCCCCCCGUGAACCCUCCGGAAGUCACGAGCCAUCGCGUAAGAUUGCCGCAGCCGAGUUCGAUUUCAGUUCCAGUUCAGCCGGCGACAGCUGCUAAUCCGCGCCCGGCAAGGAUUGGGAGCUCUCCGGUAAAUAAAAGGGCGGCCGCGGUGGGAGCAGCUGCCCCAACUUGAUUCGUUCGCCUCCCUCCCCGAUCCCCAGAUCCAAUCCAAGACGCCAUCCAUGGCGGCGAAGGUGCUCCAGCUCCGUAGCUCCGACGGCAAGGUGCUCGUCGCUCCGGCGUGGGACUAUCGCCCCACCGCCGCCCAAGCCCGCCCGCUGGAGAUGCGGGUGCCCUCGCGCGUCCUCGAGAGGGUGCUCCAGUACUGGACCAAGCACAGCCUUGCCAAGGCAACCGGUGAGUCCCGGGAGUCCCUCGCCCGCUGGGACGGCGACUUCCAGCGCCGUCUCGAGGAAGACGGCCUCGCCAAGGAGGCUGCCGCAGCCGCCCAAGAACUCCGCCGCUACGGCGUCGACCAUGGAGGGCGUCCCCAUCGCUACGCCGCCACGGCCACAUCUGAUGUCGCUGCUCCUGCCAAGGCGGCCCGUGCUGAUCCCGUCCGUGUCUGGUGUGUCAACCACGAAGAACGCAGCCAUACGCCGGCGAUGCCCGGCUCCGUCGUUGCCUCUGAUAUUGCCUCCGCCGCGCGCCCUGGGCCUGCCACCACCUUGCCGGCUGCUGCUGGUGCUGACCCCGUGGAUGUCCGGUGCGCCAUCCGUGCCCGUGGACGCCAGAUGGCUGAAGACGAGGAGUCCGCUUGCCACCACCGCAAGCGCCCGGCUUCCAAGGCUCCACUCUGCCUGCCUGCCACUGCUGUUGCGCCCGUGAAGAAGGUCUCUCGUCCCGUCGCUUCCAAGGCUCGCUCUUUCGUCGGCUCGACACCAUUGCCAGUCACUGCUGCUGUGCCCAGUGUGAAGAAGGCGACUCCAGCUUCAACUCUGCGCGCAAGAAGGGGAAUGGGGGAGCUCAGCUGCAAGGUUCCGAAGCAAAACCGUGUCACCGCUGCAGCACCAAUGAAGCAACCAAUUGCUUGGCUGCGUCCAGUGGUAUUACGCCCUUGCUAGUCUUUUACCUUCCUAAACCAUUCACACAUGAGUUUCAUUUAAUCUUUGCCUUGCCUAGUCUUUUAGUUGCUUCCUAAACCAUGCACACAUAAGUUUCAUUUAAUCUUUGUCCCUCUAGGUUCUGCACUUGCUUACCAAGAUUACUAGUGUUCUUUGAAUCCCUUUCAGUCAUUAGUAAUUUUACAAGGGUGUCGGCAGAGUCUCCAUCUAGCUAGGCAGCAAAAACCUUGUUAAGAUGUGUGCGGCAUAGUUACACUACAUCCACACCUGGUCCUAAGUUAAGGGUUUAAGUAAAUAAAGGGCAUUUUCAAUAAAUCAAAGUGAAGCAGAUGAGCCAAAAAAAUUGGAAACUCAUGUACUGCAAUUCCGGCACGAGACAGAGCGUAAAACGCACUCGCCGCAAAAUGCAAAACGCCCGCUUGCUACCCGGCUUGUAGCAGGAAAAAGGAGUAGAAUUGAACUUGUCGAUACACACAGUAAUCAUGUGAGCUGCCUAGCGUCUGGAGACUAUGCUGACUCUCCUGUAAAAUUAAUCUUGGCUGACUUGGAUUCUUAGGCAUUGGCGUCUUGGUGAGUUAAAGUUGCAGUUUCCGAAGAGUACCAUUGGUUAGUGAACUCUUGUGUGUAUGUGUGGGUGAAGCUUUGAGCUCAGCAAGUCCUUGAUGUACCGACUAUCAAGUCAUACUGUAACCAAUUUUAGAUAUGAAUGAGAAAAUUGUUGGCCUGAA